AUGAGCACUCUUAUCACCCCACCUUCUCCUCGUUGGAACCCCUAUGAAAGAACAGCUAAAACAGUAAGCCCAGAAGAGAGAAGUUUAUUUUGUUAUUGUCCUAAUAUUGUUGCCUUUCCUCUAGCUUCAGUCUCUCCUAGAUCUACUUCAAGUGAUAGUUCAACCACUGAAUUUAAAGGACAAAGUAAAUUAACAAAUGAAAAAAGUAUUUCUGAAUCAUUCAUUUCUCAUACAACUAGUGAAACAUCUACCCCAAGAAAAGGUUUUAUAGGGAGAAAUCGAGCAAAGUCUGGAUUAGUUAAAACUGUUCCUAUUGAAGAGCAUAAAGAAUUACAUUCUUGUUGCCAUUCUAUUGAAGAGUCUAAACUUUCAGUACCAAGUCAGUUAACAUCUUUAUCAUCUAAUACCUCAAUUUCUAUUGAAACAACUGGUGUUUCAUCAAGAGAAAAUAUAAAAGAACAACAACCAUCAGAUAUAGUAUCUAAAAAAGUUGUUCCAUCUAUUUCUAUAGAGAAUUAA